CUUCUGAGCGGUGGUAUACUACAGCUAUAGUUAGUAGCCAUUACUGGACGAAACAGCAGCAAGCACCAAACCACAAACAACAAACAACAAAGAAAAAGACAACGAUAUCACAUACAAAAAAAAAAAAAACGGAAAAAUGACCGACCCAACAACCACCAUCGACGUCGACCUCGACAUCCAAGAAAUCCUCCUCGCAGCCUCCCAACACGACAUCCCCAAACUCCGCCGUCUAAUCCGCCUCACAGCCGGCGUCGCCAACCCCGCCAACGUCAAGGACCCAGAGACAGGAUUCUCCCCGCUCCACGCUGCCAUUUCCGCCUGUGAGCCCGACGACGAUGAAGACGAGGCAGUGAACGGCGCUAGCGAACAAGCGGAGAAAGAGAAGAAAAGCGCGGCCGAGUCCGCGGCAGAGACGGUCAAGUUCCUUUUGCAGGAGGGUGCUAUCUGGAAUGAUCUGGAUUUGAAUGGCGAGACGCCUGGGUGUGUGGCGAGGAGGUUGGGGUUGACUGAGGCGUAUGAGAUGGAGAUUGAGGAGGAGGUUGAGGAGGAUGAGCAAGAGGAGGGUGUUGCAGACACGGAGUCGGCUGCGCCAGCACAGGACGAAGAAGCGCCGCAGUUGGUGGAGGCAGACGCAGACGUGACGCAAGCGCGCUACCUCGACUCGAACCUCACCUUCCAGAACGACCGACUGAUCGACGCCGACCGCAACGGGGUAAUGAUGGCGUGGGAGAGCGACAUCAUGAAGAAGAGCGCCGCGAAGCUGCUCCCUACGCCCGGACUGCGGGUCCUCAACGUGGGCCACGGCAUGGGCAUCGUGGACCAGUUCCUGCAGGACCGCCAGCCGGCCGAGCACCACAUCAUCGAGGCGCACGCGGACGUGGUCGCCGAGAUGAAGCGGCGCGGGUGGCACCAGAAGCCUGGGGUGCGCAUCCACGAGGGCCGGUGGCAGGAUGUGUUGCCGGCGUUGGUGGCGGAGGGGGAGAUGUUCGACGCGGUGUACUACGAUACGUUUGCGGAGUCGUAUGGGGAUUUCCGGAGUUUUUCACGGAGCAGUUAUGAUGUUUAUCAGAAGGUGUGGGAGGAGAUUGAGGUGCCCAAGUUGGAGGGUGAGUGGAGUGGCGUGCGCAGGGCGUAUUGGAUGGUGGAUAAUUAUCGCUUGCCGUUGUGUAAGUAUAUGGAUUAGUACAUAUAUGGUUAUGAUACUUCAUGUCUUGACAAUGGACUGAAUUGGACUUGAC